AGGAGAGUGGAUUAUUGACUCAGAAAAUCUCUUUUCACUUGAAUAAUUAUUCAAUAUAUAAAAAACCAUUCCAAGAUAUCCCUAAUUUGGUUUUACACCUUCAUCUUAAUGAAAGUUUCUCAUAUUACGAUUGGCAACAUUUGCAAAGAGACACUAAAGGUGAUAGUUGCGGAUGGUUAUUUUUUGGAAUGCAAUUGAAAUAGAAAAUUUCGGUUGAAAAUGCUCCAAGUUUUUUAAAAUGCGCUUCCAUAUGGCAUCCGUAGCAAUUUUGUGUCUAUUAUUAUUGGAAAGAUUUCUGGCUUCUGACAUGGACACCUUCACGGAACCAGUCUUGAACGGUCUUCGGGUUCUGGAGAAAACUGCUCUCGGAUACACUUCACAAAUAGUUCCUGGUGGCUACUUGCGGCCAGCCCACAAGCUUUCGAGGUUCUACCUCUUCACUCCUGAGUACAGUGGCGGGGAAGGUUUGAGACUGUGGCUGGAAAACCCUCUCAAUUUUCGCUAUUUCAAUCCGCAUCUGGAAACGAAAGUCAUCAUACACGGCUUCCUGGACAAAGUAAAGAUCGCCGACUGGAUGCACGACAUGAAAAACGAAUUCCUGAUGCUGGACAGUUUCAACGUGAUCGUGGUGGAUUGGAGUUUCGGCAAUUUCAUCCCUUACUCGAAAGCCGCGGCGAACACAGAGCGAGUCGGCGAAGAAAUAUCGGAGCUGCUCAUCAAGUUGAGGGAUGAAUACGGAGCAAUGCCCGAGAGAUUUCAUCUCAUAGGACACAGUCUAGGAUCUCACGUCGCAGGAUAUGUAGGAGAAAUAGUAAAAGGAUUGAAGAGAAUAACAGGUCUGGAUCCUGCUACGUAUCUGUUCAGCGACGCAUCCACCAGAACCAAGCUGGACAGGACAGACGCGUCGUUUGUGGAUGUCAUUCACACGGACGGAGGCGGUAUCGGCAUGGUGGAACCCGUUGGCCACGUCGACUUCUACCCGAACGGAGGGCAAAUCCAGGCCGGCUGCACGGCUUCCAACUCCCUCAGAGCCUUGCUAGAAAAAGGAGUGGUCGAAGGAGUUCGCAACAUGAUAUGCAGCCACAUGCGCGCCCCUCUGCUGUUCACGAGCACCAUCAACGCCCAGGGCUGUCAGCCGAUCGGCUACAGAUGCGGCAGUUGGGAAGCAUUCACCAGAGGCGAGUGCGACUCGUGCGGCCCUUCAGGGGAGGACUGCGCUCACAUGGGCUACCACAUGAGCAUGGUCAGGAACUACGGCAACCUCUCCAUGUAUUAUAUGCUCACGGCGGACAGCCAACCCUACUGCGGUUUCGAGUAUAAAAUCACCUUGAAAAGGGACAUCGACCCCGCAGACGGCAACAGCUCAGAGGGCAAAGACGACAAAUGGCCGACCUCCGAUAUUCUGCACGUCUCCCUGUACGGCAGCUCAGGAAAUGCGAACUUUCAGAUAGAAGGGAAGAAAGGAAUCCGUCGCAGCCACGUGUUGUUCAGCCCCACCUUCCUCGGGGAUGUAGUGGGAGCGGUUAUCCGCUGGAGUAAGCGUCCGCUGAGCAGGGCCCAAGGCAUGAUGGACAUGAUAUCGACGGUGAUCCAGGGACCGACUGAGCCUCCCUCCAUCAGAAGCAUUUAUGUUUCUUCACUCAAAACAUACACGCAAUGGAGAAUUGCGCCCAUUGUUUUUGAGCUGUGCGUCAGUCCACUACUGCCAGCCGGGAACGGUCAGCAAGGAGCAACAUUUAGAAGCGAGUAUUGCUGAUUCAACAAGACUCGCAGCAAAUAAUCUUACGAUUCCGCAAAUAUUUUAUCUUGUUUUGUUAAAAAUCCGAAGUUUAUUAAAUAUUUUAUCUUGUAUUUAUUUUAAAGCUUGUGCUUCGCAAAUGAAAUAUUGAAUUUCUA